UUAAGAGUUUCCAAAAAAAAGUUUGAAAAUUAAAUUGAAGUUUGAGGUUUUUGUUUGUUGUUUCAAGUUCGUGAAUCUAAAAGUUAGUUAUGAAAAUAUCCUAUAGGAUAUAUGCGUUACUUUCUGCGGUUGAUCGAAAAGAAUCUAAAGGUAUGACUAGGAAAAUUCUUGUACUUUUCUUGAUUGGAUUGUUGGCAUAUGUUUAUCAAGCAAUUACACCACCUCCUCCGAAAAUUUGUGGUUCCCCCGGUGGCAAUCCCAUCACUGCACCACGAAUAAAACUCUUCGAUGGAAGGCAUUUGGCGUAUAAAGAGCAAGGUGUUUCGAAAAAUGAAGCAAAGUACAAAAUUGUGUUCAUCCAUGGAUUUGAUGGUUGUAGACAUGAUGUUGUUAUUGCCAACGGCCUUUCUAAAGAUGUUAUUGAGAGUUUGGGAAUAUAUAUUGUGUCAAUUGAUAGACCUGGUUAUGGGGAAAGUGAUCCUCAUCCACAAAGAACACCAAAGAGUUUAGCUCUUGAUAUUGAAGAAUUAGCAGAUCAAUUGGAAUUGGGAUCCAAAUUUUAUGUUGUUGGAUUUUCCAUGGGUGGACAAGUAGUUUGGGGAUGUCUCAAAUAUAUUCCUCACAGAUUGGCAGGAGCAGCACUUCUAACACCUGUGGUUAACUAUUGGUGGCCUAGUUUCCCAUCAAAUUUGUCAACAAAAUCAUAUUAUGAUCAACUUUUGCCUGAUCAAUGGACACUUAGAGUUGGUCAUUAUCUUCCAUGGUUAACAUAUUGGUGGAACACUCAAAAAUAUUUUCCAUCUUCUAGUGUUGCAGCUCAUAGCCCUGAUAUUUUUAAAACUCAAGAUAUGCAAUUAGGACCAAGAUUUGCUGGCUCACAAGAAAAAUACAGGGCACAAAUUAGACAACAAGGGGAAUUUGAAUCACUCCAUAGAGAUGUAAAUAUUGGAUUUGGUACAUGGGAAUUUGAUCCAAUGGAUUUAAAAAAUCCAUUUGAUAAAAAUGAAGGAUCGGUUCAUUUAUGGCAAGGUGAUGAAGAUGGACUAGUACCUGUUAUAUUACAAAGAUAUAUUGCACAAAAAUUACCAUGGAUUCAAUAUCAUGAAAUUAAAGGUGGUGGUCAUUUAUUUCCUUAUGCUGAUGGAAUGGGAGAUAAACUCAUCAAAACAUUUUUACUUGGUGAAAAAUUUGAAUUCUGAAGAAAAAAAGAGUGAUUGAAGUCGAAGUUGAAAAAGGGUAUUUGAAAGUUUGAUUUGACUUAACAUGUAACAUGUGUUAGUGUGCUUUGUGUAAUGGCACUAGUUGGGGCAUACUCCUAGAUGAAAUUAAUUAAUACAAAGUUCAUCAUCUA